GGAUGGCGGAGACGCUGAGGCGGGUGCUAAGCCCGAGUAGGGCGGCCGAGUCCGGGGAGGAUAAUUCAGCUGAGGCCGGACCACCUUUGCUGCUGCUUGGCGGUCCAGGGUCUGGGAAGACAGCUCUGCUAUUCGCGGCGGCCCUGGAGGCGGCAGGGGAGGGCCGAGGCCCCGUCUUCUUUCUGACCCGGAGACCUCUGCAAAGUCUUCCCGGAAGGACGCCUGCAGCGCUCGACCCCCUGCGGUUACAGAAGAUCCGUUUCCAGUACCCACCCUCAACUCAUGAGCUCCUUCAGCUCCUGUGCUCUGCCCACGAGGCCCGUGGGCCAGCUCCCUUCCUUCUACUGCUUGAUGGCCUGGAGGAAUACCUAGCUGAAGACCCGGAGCCUCAGGAAGCUGCUUACCUGGCUGCCCUGCUUCUAGACACUGCUGCCCACUUCAGCCACCAGGUUGGGCCUGGCAGAGGCUGUGGGCUCAUUGUCGCCCUCCAGACCCAGGAGGAAGGAAACAGUGGGGAUGCCCUGCAGCUCUCCAUUCUCCAGAGGUAUUUCCCUGCCCAGUGCUGGCUGCAGCCAAUUGCCUCAGGCUCAGGAGAGCGUUGCUUCAGAGCCUGCCUGGAGCCAUGUGGGCUGGUCCCCAAGGCAGAGUGGUGUGUGGCCUUCCAACCAGAUGGAAAAAUGACAAUCACCCCAUGGCAUACCCAGGCUGGUGACCCCAGCUGAGACAAAGGUUCAAGCUCUGGAGGCCAGCCAUGAGCUUUGGUGUGUGACUACCUCUCAAUGCCUGUUUCCUGUGGCUGGAAGACUUACCUCAGGGACAUGUACAGAUUUUAAAACCUAAAGAAUAAAUGUGAAGUGCUUUUUCUCUUUUAAAAAUAGCAUUAUGAUAUACAUAUUGUACCCUAUCGGCAUAUUGUUUAGUGUUGCUGUUUUGAACUUUACAAAUAAAGUUUUAUGAGAAAUAUA